AUGCACGCGUUAUCAUGUUACCUUGCAAUUGAGAAUCCACGUUUUCCGAAACUGUCGGCUAGCCUUCCUGUUAUAGCUGUUGUGUUGCAUACAUAUCAAAAGGAGAAAAAAUUACUAUAUAUUUCAGUUCUUACAUCUCUGACAACUGGUGGAGUCACUGCUAGUUUUGGUAUGUUGGCUAAUGUCACGAUUGUCGAGCCUAAUGCAUACUUUGCAUUUGCAGGUAAAAGAGUUAUUGAACAGACAUUAAACCAGAUAGUAGAUGAUGAAGAUCAAAUAUCUGAUUCUUUAUUUGAUUUUGGAAUGUUUGAUAGCAUGGUUCCACAAGCUCUUUUAAAAAAUGUUCUAAGCAAGACAAUUGAAAUGUACAUGUAUAGAGAUUGA